CCGGGCUGGACCAUGGCGCCCCCGAGGAAUGUGGUGAAGAUCGCCAUCCAGAUGCCUCACGCCAUCCCUCAACUCAUCCAGCUGGACCAGGCAAAGCCGCUGGCCACUGUGCUGAAGGAGGUAUGCGACGAGUGGAGCCUCACUCACUCCGAGCGCUAUGCCCUGCAGUUUGCUGAUGGGCACAGAAGAUACAUCACAGAGAACAACCGCAUGGAGAUCAAGAAUGGCAGCAUCCUGUGCCUGAGCACCGCCCCAGACCUGGAGGCGGAGCGGCUAUUGGGUGGGCUGCAGAGCGGGAGUCGUGAAGGGCGCCGGGAGGCCCUGCAGCACCUUGUUCUACUGGCCCCAGACCUGACCUUUGCCAGAGAGGUUAUUAGUCGUGAUGGGCUUCAGAGGCUAGGCACCAUCAUUGAAGCUGGGGACGACCUAGGGGAGGUGUUGGCCCUCGGGCUGCAGGCCUUCUUGGAGCUCAUGGAGCACGGCGUGGUGUCCUGGGAGACGCUCAGCAUCCCUUUUGUCAAGAAGGUGGUGGCUUACGUGAACAUGAACUUGAUGGAUGCCUCUGUACAGCCCCUGGCCCUCGGGCUGCUGGAGAGUGUGACCUUGAGCAGCUCUGUCCUGGGCCAGCUGGUGAAAAGCGAGGUGCCAUUGGACAGGCUGCUGGUGCACCUUCAGGUGAUGAACCAGCAGCUGCAAACCAAGGCCAUGGCACUGCUGACAGCCCUGUUGCAAGGGGCCAAUCCUACUGAGAGGAAGCAAAUGCUUGACUACUUGUGGCAGAGAAACUUUCGCCAGUUCAUCUAUAAGAAUAUCAUUCACAGUGUGACCCCACUGGGUGACGAAAUGGCUCAUCACUUGUAUGUCCUGCAAGCUCUCACUCUGGGACUGCUGGAGCCACGCAUGCGGACACCACUGGACCCCUACAGCCAGGAGCAGCGGGAACAGCUGCAGGUCCUGCGCCAGGCGGCUUUUGAGUCAGACGGGGAGUCCCUGGGGGCUGGGCUGAGUGCUGACCGCCGCCGUUCCCUCUGUGCCCGCGAGUUCCGCAAACUGGGCUUCUCGAACAGCAACCCAGCCCAGGACCUGGAGCGCGUGCCCCCCGGCCUGCUGGCCCUGGACAACAUGCUGUACUUCUCCAGCCAUGCACCCAGUGCUUAUAGCCGGUUUGUGUUGGAGAACAGCAGCCGUGAGGACAAGCACGAGUGUCCCUUUGCCCGUAGCAGCAUCCAGCUGACGGUUCUGCUGUGUGAACUGCUCCAUGUCGGGGAACCCUGCUCCGAGACGGCCCAGGACUUUUCACCCAUGUUCUUUGGCCAAGACCAGAGCUUCCAUGAGCUCUUCUGCGUGGGCAUCCAGCUGUUGAACAAGACCUGGAAGGAGAUGCGGGCCACACAGGAGGACUUUGAUAAGGUCAUGCAGGUGGUGCGGGAGCAGCUGGCCCGCACGCUGGCCUUGAAGCCCACCUCCCUGGAGCUCUUCCGAACUAAGGUGAACGCGCUCACCUAUGGAGAGGUGCUUCGUCUGCGGCAGACAGAGCGGCUGCACCAGGAAGGCACACUGGCCCCUCCUAUACUGGAGCUGCGGGAGAAACUGAAGCCGGAGCUCUUGGACCUGAUCCGUAGACAGCGUCUGCUCCACCUCUGUGAGGGGACACUCUUCCGCAAGAUCAGCAGCCGGAGGCGCCAAGAUAAGCUGUGGUUCUGCUGCUUGUCCCCCAACCACAAGGUGCUACAGUAUGGUGAUGUGGAGGAGGGUGCGAGCCCACUGCCCCCUGAGAGCCUGCCUGAGCAGCUUCCUGUGGCCGACAUCCGGGCUCUCAUGACAGGCAGGGACUGCCCCCACAUCCGGGAGAAGGGCUCCGGGAAGCAGAACAAAGACCUCUGUGAGUUAGCUUUCUCAGUCAGCUAUGACCAUGGGGAGCAGGAGGUGCACCUCAACUUCAUCGCCCCCUCCAAGAAGGAGUUCCACCUGUGGGUAGAUGGGCUGAGUGCCCUGUUGGGUAACCCUAUGGGCAGUGAGCAGACGCGGGUGGACCUUGAGCUACUGCUAACUAUGGAGACCAAGUUGCGGUUGCUGGAGCUGGAGAACGUGCCGAUCCCUGAGCAGCCGCCCCCUGUGCCCCCGCCCCCCACCAACUUCAACUUCUGCUACGACUGCAGCAUUGCUGAACCUUGA